AUGGAGGACAGAAGCAGCUGCAACACUGGCCGGGAGCGCUUGGGACUACGCUUCACCAUAGACUACCUGCUGUACAACAAGGACAGUAAGAGCAUGAGAGAGGAGGCAAAGAGUCCCCCAGCAGAGCAGACCCCUCAUAGUCCAGUGGAGGAGCGGAGUCCUGACAUCCUCUCAGAGAGGGAAAACGAGGGGUCAGAGGAGGAGGAGGAAGAGGAGGAAGGGGUCAAAGUGGAAGAAGAUCAAGAGGCGACCACUACAGACAGUCCACGGGACAAGCCCACCCAGUCCUACAUUGCCCUUAUCUCUAUGGCCAUACUUGCUUCAGAGGAGAAGAAGCUGUUGUUGUGUGACAUCUAUCACUGGAUCAUGGAUAGCUACCCCUACUUCAAGAACAAGGAUAAGAACUGGAGGAACAGCGUCAGACACAACCUGUCCCUGAACGAAUGCUUUGUGAAGGCUGGUCGGAGUGACAAUGGUAAAGGCCAUUUCUGGGCCAUCCACCCCGCUAACUUCCAAGACUUCUCCAAUGGGGACUACCAUCGCCGCCGAGCUCGGCGCAGGAUCCGCAGGUUGACAGGACAGCUCCCGUAUGCCCUGCACGCACCCUAUUACCCCCUCAACAGGCCCAGGGGGGUGCCGUGCUGGUGCUGCCCCCUAGCCCACCCUCUGUCCUGCCUCUCAGCCAGGAUGUAUUGGAGCUGGGCUAGCCAGUAUGCCAGACGACACCCAUCCCUCCACGCUCCGGUUCAAUAG